GAAAGUCUGAUCAUUGGGAGUGUUAUCACAAAAAACCAAAAAAUAAAAAAUAAAGUGAAAAUGAGUUAAAUCCAAUUAUGUCUUCACUUAUACAGUUAGUCAUGGGUCAGAUCCUCUGGCUGAGCUCAGUAAGAGUCAGAAGAGUCAGUAAGAGUCGACUCUUUAAGCUUCCAAACGGGUUGUGAUUUUGUCCUAAACAUGAUUCACAGGUUUCAGCGCUGUAUCUAAAAGAAGAGGACAAACGGACAAGCAGCUCAGAUGUCUGAGGUUAUCCGGAAAACAGUUACUCUGCAAGAGUAACGUCAUUGCCUACAAAUCCAAAUAAAAAAAAAAAUCUUAAAAACUAGCUCACACAUGCGAGUCGGCUCUCAACGUUCAGCUAAAAGAGUCGGUUCAUCUAGUUCAUAGAACCGACUCGUUCAGGAACGAAACAUCACUACCGGUAAUACAUUUAAAAAAUUGUAAUACAAAUAAGUCUUUUACUGAUGUAUACUUAGAACAAGUUACGUUUCAUUCCGAUGUGAUUACAGAAAAAAAGCUAAUUAUGAUGGACGUGGACGUAAAAUACUGCAAUGACUCGUUGCAAGAACUCGAUUCAAACUCAAAUCAUAACGAAUCUAUAAAUGAUUCGAGAAGCUCGGACCAACGGAAUCACUGGACAAGGCUAAUCCGGCUAGUAUGCUAAUAUGGAUCCAGCAUACAGCAAAAACACACAGGAUGAAGAGGCAGAUCUUGAAGGUUGCAGCUACAAGCUGAACAUUACAGAUGCUGAGGCAGGACAUAAGUUCUUGUGUACCAGCUCGCCAUUACAAGACAGGAGCGAAGGUCAAUUAGAAAGCAGCUUCAGAGACUCUUCUACGGAUGAUACCAGACAGGACACAGAGAGCGACGUGGAGACGCGCUCCAAGGGCAUACUUCGUUAUUCAUCCCCCUUGCCUAUGCACAAGUGGGUCAAUCAGGUGGAUCCGACUGAUGAAAGCACUGUUUCGCUGUUACACAAUCCAUGUAGCCCCUGUGGAUACACCAAUCCAUAUAAACCCUUAGAGGACCAAGGGAAGGACUAUGUCGGUUUUGCUACACUGCUCUGCCAAGUCCGUCGAAAAGCAGUGAAAAAGGGAUUUGAGUUCACACUGAUGGUAGUAGGUGAGUCAGGCUUGGGCAAGUCCACUCUUAUCAACAGCCUCUUUCUCACAGAUCUGUACAAGGACCGGACUCUUUAUGAUGCUCAAGAAAGGAUAAAUAAGACUGUAGCAAUUACCAAGAAGAGUGUAGAAGUUGUUGAAAAGGGAGUUAAACUACGGCUCAACAUUGUGGAUACUCCAGGUUUUGGAGAUGCUCUCGACAACACUAACAGCUGGAAACCUGUGGUAGAUUACAUUGACCAGCAGUUUGAGCAGUACCGACAGGCCGAGAUCUGUCUAAACCGUAAGAACAUUCAAGACAGUCGGGUGCAUUGCUGCCUGUAUUUCAUCUCGCCUAGUGGACACGGCCUCAGACUGAUUGAUGUAGAGUUCAUGAAGGCACUUCAUAAGAAGGUCAAUAUAGUGCCUGUGCUGGCUAAAGCAGACUGCCUCACUCGCUCGGAGACUCAUUAUAUGAAAACCAGGAUUUUGGAUGAAAUUGAUAGACACAAGAUCAAGAUCUAUGACUUCCCAGAAUGUGACUCAGAUGACGACGAGCUCCUAAGAAAGCACAACUUUGUCCUGAAGAAAAGCAUACCUUUCGCAGUAAUUGGGAGCAACACUAUCGUGGAGAGCAACGGCAAGAAAGUUCGAGCUCGUAUUUAUCCAUGGGGUGUUGUGGAAGUGGAGAACCCUGCUCACUGUGACUUUGUGCAUCUGAGGAGCAUGCUGGUACGUACACACAUGCAGGACCUGAAAGACAUGACCGAGGACACACUGUAUGAGAACUACCGUAGUCAGAUCUUGUGCCAGAACCAAGACCCUGCUAAUCCGGAGUGUGUUUUUUAAGGAUGAUAUUGAAGGAGGAAGAUGCACUGCUGGGAAUAUUGCAGGAAAAAAUAAACUUUCAGGAAAAAUGCAACUGCAAGGACUCUUUUACAAGUCUUCUUUGUUUUGAAUUUUAAUGUUUGAAUCUAUGCUAUACAUCCUCACAUGUAAAUUUGUGAUGUUGCUAUUUAUCCUUCACCAUACAGUAUCCACUGUUUUGAUUCAGUCAGUGUUGAAUAAAUUUCUGCAAAUAAUA